AUGGCAAACAUUUUAAGUAUUGGCGAUCUACCGAUGCAAGACAACACAAUAAUUCAUAAUCAAUAUCAUACGUAUUCGCCUUAUACCUCUUCAUUCGACAAUAAUGAUGAGAUUAGGAUCGCAAUCCAAUCUCAAAACGUAUAUGUGUUACCAUCUGAAAGCUAUUUAUUCCUCGAAGUUGAAGUUUCUCGCAAAACAGGUGAUGAACAUGCUGAUGUUGCGGGAAGGUGGACUGCAAAUUAUGCGGCCUACCUUUUCAGCGAAAUACGUUAUGAAUUGAAUGGCACUGAAAUUGAUCGUACAAAAAAUGUUGGUCUCGCUUCGAAUAUGAAGAGAUUUUCGGCGACGCCAAGCCCCCGAAACUGCUCUUUAAUAGCCGUUCAUAAUGGUGCUGUAUUGAAUGUGGCAACCUAUUCAUUAGUCCUGCCUAUAAAUCAGCUUCUAGGAUUCUGUGAUGACUAUAAAAAAAUGAUUUUAAACGCCAAACAUGAACUGGUUUUGGUUCGUAAUCGCAGAGAUAUAUACUCGUAUAUGGCAGCUAGUGAAUCGUUCAAUAUAAAAGUGAAAAAAAUUCAAUGGAAGGUGCCACAUAUCACGCUGUCGGAUGAAGCCAAACUCGCGAUGCUACGAUAUUUGGAGAAAAAGCAAACGAUCAGUAUCCCUUAUAGGUCGUGGGACUUAUAUGAGAUGCCGCAGUUACCUCAGAGCAGGAGACAUAUUUGGACCGUCAAAUCGACGACUCAAAUUAGCAAACCACGAUACGUCCUCGUCGUUUUUCAAACUAAUAAACAGAUUGUGAGCGCUAAUUCGGCCGCGUAUGACAAUUGUGAUAUUUCCGAUGUUAAGUUGUAUUUAAAUUCGGAGUACUAUCCAUAUGACAAUUACAAUUUGGACUUUACUAGCGGCAAUUAUCAAGAGCUGUAUCAUUCAUUUUUGCAAAUUCAAUCAUCAUAUUAUCAGGGGCAUGGUACUUCAGAUAGCAAUUCAUGUGCAUUGACAUUUGAUCAGUUUGGUACCAGUCCGAUUUUCGCUUUUGAUUGCUCGAGAUCAGAGGAAUCAUUAAUUGGUGGUACGGUUGACGUUCGAUUGGAAAUUAACGCACGCGAAAACAUACCAGCCAAUACUGCUGCAUAUUGCUUGAUAGUUCACGAUAAUCAAGUCGAAUAUUCGCCAUUCAGUGGUAUUGUUGUUAGAAACACGUAA